AACAGUAUGGGAGACGUUUCCACUAUGGACAUGGAUCGCUAUCGGGGCUGCAGCAGUGGUCGUUGUCAUGUCAUGCUUGUUACUUGCUUGUUGUAAGAGUUUCAGAAGGAAGAGACAUGAAAUGGGACAAAAUGACGUUGAUUCACCAGCUGCUGUUGGCUUAGUUCAAAACGUAGAGUUCAUUCAGAGGAAGCCAGGUGAAAUUCAAAGUUCCGUUGCUAGAAGAGAAGAUACUGGAAUAUCGGGUGAACCAUUGAUUCAAAUGAACCCGAAAUCAACUCCAGAAACUUCUCAGAAUCCGACUACAGAGACGUUUCCACUAUGGACAUGGAUCGCUAUCGGGGCUGCAGCAGUGGUCGUUGUCAUGUCAUGCUUGUUACUUGCUUGUUGUAAGAGUUUCAGAAGGAAGAGACAUGAAAUGGGACAAAAUGACGUUGAUUCACCAGCUGCUGUUGGCUUAGUUCAAAACGUAGAGUUCAUUCAGAGGAAGCCAGGUGAAAUUCAAAGUUCCGUUGCUAGAAGAGAAGAUACUGGAAUAUCGGGUGAACCAUUGAUUCAAAUGAACCCGAAAUCAACUCCAGAAACUUCUCAGAAUCCGACUACAGAUGCAUAUGCUCGUCGUUCCAUGCCUGCCACUGAUAUAACGAAAAUGAAAAAACAUUGGGAACAGAAAGGGAUGAUACAUACACCAGAUACUGCUAAGAAAGUUGAAAGUAAUAAAUUUCCAAAGAACAAGUAGAUACAAGCAUUUACUAAUGGAAUCAAAGACACUCAAAU